CCUUCCCAGGUUGUCAUAUUUAUCUAGCAUGAACAGUUCUAAUGAGAUCUAAUCACACCGCCAUAUUUUUAUUUAGAGUUGCAUAUAGAAUGAUAGGUUAAAAUAUUUUCUUGCUUCAUUUGAGCAUACAAAACAAAACAAGGCAAGAAACACAUUCCUACGUAUAAAUCAAAACAUCAGAGACCAUUGAACCCAGAAGUGCCAGGACAAAGCUGAGAAUCCGUACAGGGCCAAGGCUGUAGAAAUAGUUUCUGAGAAAACUGAGGAGGUGAUUCGAAGAUAGAAAUGGGAAAAUUUGUAGCAAAUUUGGUGAUCUGGAUUAGCCAAGGAAGACAGAAGACACCUGCAACCUAAUUGAAUUAUUCGGGAUAAGACAGGCUAUAUGAUAGUUUGUAACAAAAUAACCCCUGAACCCUUCUCUGUCUUCUCUGCACUGAAAAUGUAUACCUGCGCAAAGUUUGUCUCCACCCCCUUCUUCGUCAGGAGCACCGUGCUAAAAUCACCAGAGACACUGACCGAUGAGAGCCUCAUCAGCCUGGCAGACCCAAAUCUCCUGACCUCGCUUAUUCCCAGCCAUAGCUUCUCAACCAGCACCAUUUUAAACGACAUGGACACAGCAGCCAAGUUCACUGGGGCUGGGGCUUCCAAGGUAGGGGUGGCCGGCUCUGGGGCUAGAAUUGGGACUAUUUUUGGGAGCCUCAUCAUUAGUUAUGCCAGGAUCCCCUCUCUGAAGCUAAAGCUCUUCUCCUAUGCCAUUCCGGGUUUUGCCCUCUUGGAGACAAUGGGGCUCUUUUGCCUGAUGGUGGCCUUUCUCAUCCUCUUUGUCAUUGACAGAGUCAUCUCCACCUCUCUGGGUCUUUCUCCAAUGUCUCGUCUGCCCCGUAUGUUCCCAGGCAGCCUGGGGGAAAGUGGUUGGCUCAGGGUUUGAAGAAGGAAGACAAAUAAACACUGUAUUAAUAAGGGAGGGGGGGGGGAAUGACCCCAGAAAACUUACGAGCUUAAUAUAUAAAGGUUGAUUUCUUGGUCAUCCAAGUAAUAUAUAAUUUGAUAGCUCACUAGAGCAGUGUUCAUCCACUGAUCCCUCAGAU